CGCCGUCUCCGCCGUCGCUUGGGCAGCCGCCGCGGUGGUCGCCUCGGGCAGCGCCGCUCGCUCUCGGGCCGUCGCCUCUCAUCCGGACAUCCCGCCCUGAGGAGGCUGAGGCUGAAUCGCGGCUGGCUGCGGGGACACGGUCCGGCCCCGCAGCGGCGCGGCCGGCGGCAGUGACAGCCCGAACCCGGCCCGCCGUCCGCUCUCGCCCUCGGCGCCCGCCUGCAGCCACGAUGAACCGGGGAGGCAGCAGCCCGUCCGCCGCCGCCAACUACCUGCUCUGUACCAACUGCCGGAAAGUGCUGCGGAAGGAUAAAAGAAUCAGAGUAUCUCAACCCUUGACAAGAGGACCAAGUGCCUUUAUUCCAGAGAAGGAAGUUGUCCAAGCAAACACAGUGGAUGAACGUACUAACUUUCUUGUGGAAGAAUAUUCUACAUCUGGUCGUCUGGACAACAUCACACAGGUCAUGAGUUUACACACUCAGUACCUGGAGUCUUUCUUGCGGAGCCAGUUUUACAUGUUGCGCAUGGAUGGUCCCCUUCCUUUACCAUAUAGGCACUACAUUGCAAUAAUGGCUGCAGCUAGACAUCGCUGUUCUUAUUUAAUAAACAUGCAUGUGGAUGAAUUUUUGAAGACUGGAGGUAUUCCUGAGUGGUUGAAUGGUUUGGAAUAUGUGCCACAAAGACUGAAAAAUCUUAAUGAAAUAAAUAAGCUGCUAGCACAUCGACCCUGGCUGAUCACGAAAGAGCACAUUCAGAAACUUGUCAAAACUGGAGAAAACAAUUGGUCUCUGCCUGAACUGGUACAUGCUGUGGUCCUACUGACACAUUAUCAUGCUUUGGCAAGCUUUGUUUUUGGUAGUGGUAUCAAUCCAGAGAGAGAUCCAGAAAUCUCCAAUGGAUUCAGGCUAAUAUCAGUCAACAAUUUCUGCGUUUGUGAUCUUGCAAAUGAUAACAGCAUAGAGAAUGCAUCCCUUACAGGCAGCAACUAUGGGAUUGUGGAUUCUCUAAGUGAACUAGAGGCCUUAAUGGAAAGAAUGAAAAGGCUUCAAGAAGAAAGGGAUGAUGAAGAAGCAUCUCAGGAAGAAAUGACCACUCGUUUUGAGAAGGAGAAGAAAGAAAGUCUUUUUGUGGUCUCUGGAGAUACUUUUCAUUCAUUUCCUCAUUCAGAUUUUGAGGAUGACAUGAUUGUAACAUCUGAUGUAUCUCGAUAUAUCGAAGACCCUGGUUUUGGGUAUGAAGACUUUGCUAGACGAGGGGAAGAGCAUUUGCCAACAUUCCGAGCUCAGGACUAUACUUGGGAAAAUCAUGGGUUCUCCCUGGUGAACAGACUUUAUUCUGACAUUGGACAUCUUCUUGAUGAAAAGUUUCGGAUGGUCUACAAUCUCACAUACAACACUAUGGCCACCCAUGAGGAUGUUGACACAACCAUGCUACGCAGAGCUUUAUUUAACUAUGUUCACUGUAUGUUUGGAAUCAGGUAUGAUGAUUAUGAUUAUGGAGAAGUUAAUCAAUUACUUGAACGAAGCCUGAAGGUUUACAUUAAGACAGUGACCUGCUAUCCUGAGAGAACUACAAAGCGCAUGUAUGAUAGUUACUGGCGGCAGUUCAAACACUCAGAAAAGGUUCAUGUAAAUCUACUUUUAAUGGAAGCACGGAUGCAAGCUGAACUUCUUUAUGCUCUUCGUGCCAUAACUCGGCAUUUGACCUGAAGCUCACCCAAGGAAAAUGUCAUAUAUGUGUAAAGACCUUUCACAUAAGAUAUACAUCAGAAGCUGUUUGUGAUAUAGCAUCAAAAAUUAUUCAAUUCUCUAGUGUCAAAGUUUAGCCGUUUUUGUUUUGUUUUUUUUUGUUUUUUUUUUUGCGGCUGUAAUGUGCAAUGAUGUGUUUUAUUUUUCUUGAUGCUUAACAUUACUAACAAUUGCAAAAAUAAUACUGAGGAGCACUACUUUGCAUUGUUUAUAGUUGGAGUUUUGGAUACUGAUCAUAAAUCAUGAACCUGGUUUGUUAAUGCUUAACUUCAGCGCUUUUGGGUUUUGUAUGUACAUGUAUCUUUUUCUUUCUCUCUUUUUUUUUUUAAGUAAGGAAAAGCGCUUACAAUCUGCUCAAGCAGUUGUUUUUCAGAUAUUGAAAUUCAGCAAAGAAUGACCUCUUCUGGCCAUUCUAAAAUUUUAAUGUUGUGUCCUAAAUCUGGUAGAGGAAAAGCAUGCGCUGUUGAACCAAGCUGCUCACUGGACACUCUUGUGUCCCCAGGAGAUUAUUUGUCAGGCACUGUUUUUUUUUUUUUUUUUUUUGGUUUGUUCGUUUUUUUUGUUUGUUUUGUUUUUUUACUGCUAUUGGCGAUAACGUGAAAUGUGAUACAGCCAUUGUCCAUAAUUUAAUGUGAAAUUAAUCAUAAUGAAUUCUAUAGCAUGCUACUGAAAUGCCAAAUUCAACUAUUUUCUUUCUCUUUGAAAACAGAAAAGUUUCGGUUUUCCAUAUCAGAUGUAUAUAUUAAAAGUGGAAUUAUGCACAAUCCUUUCUAUCACUGACAGUAAUCUUCAGUCAUCUUAAAUAAUCAGUGCUCACAGUGCUGCUUAGUUCAUUUAGUUGGCACAUAUAAACCUGUACCCACACAAGACUGACCAAAAAUUUUCUUUGCACAUGUUUCCUUUUUCAUAGCUAUUCCUAUAUUUCAGUAAGCAAAGGAAGGUUAAUAUGUCUGUAUUUCUCCCUGUUAGGCUUUUAGAAAUUAUUUUCCAUGAUUUUUCUUCUUAUAAUAAGUUAAACAGUUUAUUAUUCAAAGUUAAAAAUUGCAUUUCUAUGCAUUAAUGUGAUUGAACAACAACAAAAGAGUGCAAUAUGUUAAAUACUCAAUUAAACUUUCCCCCAUCAUGUCACUGCAGAAGUGUCCUUUUAAACAGAGCCAUAAAGAAAUUUUGUUCAAAUUUCUUUAUUGCACAAGGCUUUUUUCAGUUUUACCUUACUGGGGUUGAACAAUGUUCCUUUCAUAAUGCCAAAGCAUUCCCUUCCCCAGAAAAAUCUCUUUGGACAACUGGUUUAAAAAAGAUAUCAAGUCUUAGGGGAGGAAUAAUCGGCCAAAAGGUCACAUUUUUGCAUUGGUUUCUGUUGCUUGGUUAGACUAUCUUCAGAGAGCACAACAUUAUGUGUUUAUAGCUUUAAUUUGUAUUAUGUUAAUGAACCAGUGAAGUGCCUAAAGAGAUGCUUACAACUAUCCAGUAGGACACAACUGCACUGCUUUUUAAACACUUUUUGGUUAAUUAAGGGUGACUUGAAUUUUACACAUACAUGCUAAUUUUUUUUAAAAAAUCCAAUUUUUUUCAUAGUAAAUAAUAUAGUAAAAUUUUCCGUUAUAGUUCCCAUAAAGACUUUAUUUUAGACUUACUUGUUAUAUAGGACUUAACUUUUUUCUCUCAUGAAAGAAUUGUGAACUAGUGUUUUGUUAAAUCAUUUUUCUCUUCCAUUUAUCAUCCUUUUCUGGUACAAUACAUUAGGUUGCUUUCCUUUAGAUUUUGUUCCAGAUAAGAAAACAGAGAUGAUUAUAAACCUAUUAACAUAAGGUAGUUCUGCAUUUUUGGAUUCCAGGAUCUUGUUUGAAAUCAUCUUCCAUGUGAGGAAAAAAUUACUAAUAUUUUUGAAGACAGGGUGGUUUAUUUAAAGAGAUUAUUCAAAGAACUUGUGCCAGAUCUCUUCUGUUUUGUUUAUUGCAUGUGCCAUAUGUUGAUUUUUAUUCAAUAUCACAUUAUAUAGAUAUGUGUUAACUAUAAAGAAAGUAUUUAGGAGAAUGGCAAAACACAGAUGACAGUGUAAAUGUCCAUUUGACUUCCCUAACUUUAGAACUUUCAAGUUGAGGAUAUCUUUUAUUCUUGCAUUUGUUUUUUUACUAGAAUCCUUUCAAUUAAUAGCCGUAUAUUUUUGUGCAGGUGAACUGUAUUACAGGAUGAAAAAUGAUUUUUAUGUAUUGAAAAGGAGGAGAAAUUCUCACAGAACACCAUAUGAGCUUUAGACCAAAAGGGGAAACAAGGUUUAAGUAAUUAAAAUGGCCACUUAGUUUUUUUGGUUUUUUUAGUUUUUUUCCCCAGAAAUGUAAGUAGUUGGAAUUUAGGUUAUGGAAAUAUUAGUGCCUUUAAUAGAUUUCUUUCCUAGCAAAGUUUCUUUUUAGCUCAGCAUUGAUCUAUUUCAUCAAUAAUCAGGAAAAUAAGUUGACUUGGAACUAUAAACAAAAACAAAACAAUAUGUUUGUGAACCUCAGCGAACCAGCCUAGAAAAAUUGACUUCUGAAGGUGCUAAAGCACCUACUAACAUGCAGCAUGCACAGCAUUCCAGGUUGCGAAUACCAUUUUUUGCUGUUAACACUCUUUAUCCAAUGCAAACUUGAAAUUCUGAUGCGGUUUUCCAGGGUGGUAUUUUUUCAGAGUAUCGAAUUUACUACAUAGUAAUUUAUAGUAUAGCUUUUUAUAUUAAAAUGUGAUAUUUUUAAAAAGAGAUAUCUGGUUCAAUUGGUAUAAUGAUGUGAUUAUACAAUAUGCUAAUCUACACCUUGGUCUCACAUUGUGCCAAACUUAAAUGUGCAAGUGUACGUGAAAAAAGCACAUGUGAAUGUGAAUUCUUUAAUUCCUUAUUAUGUUAAAAUCCGUCUAAUAAUCCACUGAUGUAUAUGCUUGAAUAAUGUCUAUUUACUUUGGAAUUUCAAGCUUUCCAGCUUCAACAGUAAUUCUUCAUUUCUCAGGUCACCUUAAGAAAUACUGAAAUAUUCUCCCACCUGAAAGUAAUCUGUUCUUUAACCCACUUGACUGUGGGCGUGGCCAGGCAGGUGCCUCAUUGGAUCCUUCAGACAAGGCUCCCUCAGGUGGACUCAUGAUUAUUAGGGAAAAGAGGCUUUUGAGCUGGGUCUGCCUUUUGAACUAAGUACAUUGUCCUGUUCUCGGUAGGAAUUUGUCCCAUUUGGGGUAUUUUUAAAUAAAAGAUGGCUAAUGUGGAAUCUGGGGCAUGGCCUUGGCCUUUAUUAUGGUCUUAAGCCCAAAUAAUGGCAGAGAAACACAGGGCUGUUUUGAGAACAGAAAAUUCAAUGUAAGUUUUAUAUCAAAAUCAUAAAAUUUGAACCAGAGCUCCUAUUUUAAUUGUUAUAAUGUCUCCUAAAGAUUUUAAAUGCUUCUAAAAUCUAAUUGAUAUUAUCACAGAGCAGCUUUUUCCUUUUCCACCUUAUAAAGUUUUUUUUUAAUCCAGAAUCUUAGAUUUCUAUGCCGCAGCAAAAUAAAAUUAUCAACAAAUAAUUAAAGAUCUAUACUUAAAAUAGUUUACCACUUUUAGUGGAGAGUGCAUGCAUAUAUGAUGGUAAGAUUCUUUUAAACUCUAAGGACAAUUCAUCAGGGAAAAAAAUAAAUUUCAGUACAUGUUAUAAAAAUGAUUUGCACUGAUUGAUAGCAAAAUGAGGUUUUUUGUUUUGUUUUAUGUUAUGUUUUAAAGGCAAUUCUAAAUCAUUUCUCCAGAAAGCAAGACCUUAAACUCUUCUCUUUAUCUAAUAGGACUUUUCUUCUUUUAUGCAAAGAGAUGGUCUUGCAUGGAGUAAAAUGUAUGCAACAGUAAUGCUAUAUAAAUAGUAUAUGAAAUUUGCUUAGUAGUACAAUUCAAUAGCAAACUGAAAGACAUGUGGCUCCUCUAUUCAGAUUGAGUUUUAAGUUACCUAACUUGUAUAAUCAGAACCUAUUCUAGGUGGCCAUCAUCAUAAACUAUGUUUCCCUAUUAUAUCCCUCUGGAGACUGAGAAUCAAAUUAACGAGUCUUUCCUCAAAGCAGUACUGUAACAUGAAUGUAUUUAUCUCAGUCAACAGAGCUUAAAUGCCCAUUUUAUGUGGAGCUGAUUUCAAUGCUAAUUUGACUUAGUUAGCAGUGUCUGCUCAGGUGAGACCUAGAACAAAAAUAGCUGGGGCGAAAUGGAUAUUAGAGGCAUAGGUAUAUGUCAAAGCAGAGCCCUAUGAGGAAGGAAAAGUUUUGAAAGAAUACAUGGAACAUAAAGCUGAGAAUGUGGCUGUCCUCAGCAUCGUACACCUAACAUAAAGGAAACAUUUCCCACGUGGGAGCUCUUACCUGCAUUCAGUCCACCCUUUCCUGCCUGCUUUCUCUUCCUCCAAGUGCCUCAACCUCUACAUGCUCACUCUCCUUCCCCUCCCUCAGCCCAUCUUGGUCUGAACGCCUUUCACUCCAAACCAAACAUCACCAGCCACCUGCUGAUAGUCACCAGCAUUUAUUUUUCUGAGUUACUUUUUAUCCAUUCAUUAAGAAUUUGGCUUUGUCCCAACUUCUUCUAAAUCCCUCAGUCAUCCAGCUAUAUUUUGCCUAACCUUUGCCCUAGACACCCUACCAGAUGUUACACAGCAUCAAGUGUAAAUCUCGUCCACCCCAUACUAUUCUACCCUUUUCCCAGCUGCCAAAAUAUCUUGCUCUCUCCUCUACCUCAUCCCCAAAGAGCCUAUAAAUUCAGAGUAUCCAACCUUUUCAUGGAUUCACUCUCCAUUGUUCAGUAAUACUACUUCCAUAUUUUAAAUAAAUCAUAAAAGAUUUUUGCCUUCUAUCAAAGUAGGAAUCUUUAUAUUUAUACAUGAUACAAAAGUUGAACUAUUUCUACCAUGCAGAAUUUAGCAUUUAGCAGGAUUUUAAAGUGAUUGAAUUGCCAUCCUAACUUGGAUCUAUAUUAGGUAAUGAAUAUUGGUGUUAAUCCAAGCUAUUUGAAUGUAAAGUUAAAAUUUUCCAGCAAUCCAGAUGACCUGUAACCCUUGAGUGGGAACAGGAAAUUUCUAGCAUACAAAUGGGGUGAUGUUUCAGACGUUUGUUUUAUUGGUGUUGUUUAGUCCUUGAAAUGCAUUUCUAAUAGAAGGACAUGUGAUAAAGGGUGCUUAGAUGGUCCAACUGGAUCACAGAAGCCCAUUUAAUUUAUAAUAUAGAUAAAAUACCACAAAAUUGAGUACUUAAAGGUUUGACCAGGCUUUCCUGGGUUAGACUAAGGCUCUAACCCCAUUCCUGUCCUGUUCUCAUGGGAGAAAAAAAUGUUCUAUGAGAUGAAAAGAGACUGCAUUGACUUUGUAAUCUCUAUUCCCCUAGCUGCACUUCAGGUAUACCCAGAUAGUAUCAUUAAGGAAGAGGAAAUGCACAAACGAGGAAGACAAAAUAGUUCUUCCUUUCCAGCCAGUGUGUACUCAGUGUUGUUCAUAGAUGUAAAACUAUGUCAGUUUCCAACAUGGGGCACUGUAGAUGGUUGUCUGACCUAAAGAUCAACCAUCCUGUUUGAAAGUAUAGAGUGUUAUGAGCUCUGGUGGCAUUUGGAUGUUUUCCAACCCAUUGAUGAACAACCCAACCUGACAGCAGUAUCCAAUAAAUGCCUUUAAGGGCCCAGGAAUGAACUGAUGGCCUAGUUAAGGAGUGAGACUUAGUGGAGACUAAAGCAAUGGUUUUUAUUAAAUCAUAUGUCGUGAAGUGUUCAUUCUAACUUUAAUCUAAUUAUGACUGCACCACCAUGAAGUACAGAAUUAGAAAAGAAAUAAUAUAGGGGGAAAAAGAGAAUGAAUAUCUGAUUCUUCUGAAUGCUUGCAGAAAUCUUUGAAACAAUGCAGUGCAUACCAUAAGUUAGCCUUUAGAACAAAUACCCCAUCUUACAUUUCAUAGGACAGCAUCAAACAUUAGUAAGUCUAAAUAUGAUAAAUAUAAUUUUUGUUGUGUAAAUUUUGCUAAAACAGUCUAUUUUCUUGCACCUCUCAAGUUAACCUCUUAAAAACAGAAUGUAUAAUUUCUACAAAAAGAAUAUCAUAGAGGGAGAGAGACUCUCUGGUCUUUAGUGUUAAAAUAUUUUUCACAAAUCCUGAUUAGUUAAGUGCAUACAUUAUGACACUUACAGAAUAAAACUAAUCAUACAGCUCUUUCUUAAAUUCAUUAGUCUUUACAGAUUUUUAACUGGCUCUCCCAAGUCUGAUAAGGAAGGAUCAAAAGGUAGGAUAAAGGAAAUAUAUCAGUUGGGCGGCCAAGAAGUUUUCUUUGUAAUGUGGAAAGACUAUUAUCGCCUUUCUGAAUUUUGCUGGUUCUCUAAAGUAAAACUAAAGAGUUAAAUGGUACCUUUGUUCAGCAAGGAAAGUGAUCCAAACUAUAAUCUAGUACAAAUAUUUCCUUUGCAUUUGUAUGUCUUCUCUGGAGAGAAAACACAAUUUUCCUCUUCCUCUUUCUCUUCACAUUUACUCUUUUCAACCCAAAAUAUAGACAGAAAGCAAACCACAAGCCAGUUUGGAAUCUUCUCAAUGCUAAUAGAAUGGGCACAUUCACAUACACAGUCUUAGCAAGGUAGUAAAGAACCCUGUCAGGUCAACUUGGAAUAUGGCCUUGCUACUUGGAUUAGCUCCUUCAAACCUGAAAAUAACUUUCCUGGUCGUGGAAGAACUGGAUGUGUCUUUUAACUUAUGAAAUAGGAUUUGAACUUGAAAACUCUUUUUUUUUUAAAUCCUGAUUUUGCAGGGCAGCUACAUCAUGAAUGUAUAUAUUAAAACUUUGUAGCUGAAUUGCACAUGAAAUCAGAUUGCCAACUUCUUGACUUUCAAUUUUAGACAUCAUUUUAUCCUUAAGUUGUGAGCGAUAUAUGUAGCAUGCUGUGAAACGUCUAUUAUAGUUCUUUAAUUCAUCAGUAUUAAUACAGAAUUAUCUUUUGCGUUCUUUGGUACUUUUUAUUCAAUGUAAUCAGAAGCUGUGAUGUUUUGCCUUUGUAGUCCUGUGCUUUGUUACUGUAAUUUCUUUUUUUUACGAAGCACGUGCUUUGGACUAAUGUAAGGCGGAUGACGUGAUCUUUAAGACUGUUAUAUAUAUACAUAUAUAUCAGUCUCUUACUCUAUAAGGUUUUAAAUUAGAAUAAGCUUUUAUCAAAUAGAUCAUUGAUGCAAUUUAGGAUUCACACAAGUUUCAGUGUCAAAUGGCGGUCUCAUAUUUAUACUUCCGAUUCUGAAAAUAGCAAACUUAACAAACAGCCACUUUAAACUUGUUCUGGCAAACCAGACCCUGCUGUAGAUAUAGUCUAAGAUAGUUAAACAUAUAAGCCUUUUCAACUCUUAAUGCCCUCCACAUGAGUCAGCAGUUAAGGAGAUUAUAGAACCCAUGAAAGCUUUUUGUAUGUAUUACUAGGUUUUAUUUUUCUUUCGUUGCUGAUUUUACAGUUCUGACUAAAGCUGAUCUGAAUGGAUCAGUUUAUGUGUAAUAUUCUAGUGCUUUAAUGCCUUUUUUUUUUUUUGGAGGGAUGGGUAAUAUUAUUUGAACAGAUGCAGAAGGAACUGUUAGUGAGUCAAGACAAACACAUUUGAAAUAAAGGAACUGUGUAUUAACAUGUUAACAACAAUUCAUAACUGCACUUUUUAUGACAUUUUGAAAAUCUAUUUAUAGGUACAGAACAAUGGGUUUUGUUAAACUGUAUCACAUUUAUACUUGCAGAAAUUUAUUUCAUUGUUAUUAGUAGGAAUUUUAUUGGUUCAAUAAAAUUGGCAAAACUGAACAC